AUGAAUUUCUUCGCCAGCUCCCUAGCCGUCCUCCUUCUUUCCUCCCUCCUCAUCCUUCCCGCACAUGCAGCUCGCGGCACAACCGCAUCCACACCCUCGUACCCAAACACCCCAACCACCCCGCAACCGGACACCGCGUCUCCCCCAUCACGCGUGGUGUUCGACGACGAGGAUCCCGAAGCUUCCCGCGUCGCCUGGCUACGCGGACGAGCAGGAGGUUCCGGCACAAACUUUAUCGAGGAUCGACUGAUCCACCCCAGCUCCAGCUUUGUCUUGCCGGAGCGUGAACCAGCGGGACGCGAAAGGGCAGGCGCCGGGGAGGUGUUUGUUUUUCGAGCGAAGAAGGUCGAUCGUGGUAAGAAGAGUACAGAGGUUCCGGUGGAGAGGGUGGAGGGGAAUUUGAGAGGGGAGGACGGAGAAAGGAGGGAGAGGACUGGUAGGAGUGGAAGUAGUAGGGGUAGGCAGAGGUUCAAUGAAGGUGGGCUGCGGCGUGGGGGGUCGAAGGAUAGAACUAUGGGUUGGAGCGGUGAGCAGGAAUCACCUGUUUCGCCUGAUCGUGAUGUUCGAGAGGAGCGUACCUUUGGUCGGACAAUUCCAGUAGAGGGUGGGCAACACUCGCUCAACAUCGAUGCCCAACACGGACUGGGGCUUCGAUCUGAAAGCCCAACUCGAUGGGCGUUGGACAAUGUAGCGUCAAGAUUGUCGUCUCUCGACCUCAACAAUCCCCACACCACCUCACCACGAGCGUCUCUGUCUCCCACCAGCGAUUCCGAAUAUCACUUCCACGAUGCACGAUCCGCCGAGAUCUCCAGCGCAUCCCCUCCAUCUCCCCACUUUCCAGACCUUCACUCUGGCGGCACCAGCACACCCCGUACGCCACCGCCACCUCCUCCGAAACUAGCUCCCUAUCGAAUGUGGAGCGCUGCAUCCGCCCUACCCCACGUCAACAUCCCUUACACCAAGCUCACCUCCAUCCCACCUUCCUAUCCUCACUGGCAAUCUUCGCUGUCCGCUCUACGCGAGAAUGAAUGGACGAAUCAGCUCGAUGCACGCGUGAAAUGGGCUGCUGAGAAUCGAAUCGAUACCUCUCGUCCCGCACGUGUUGUCACUCCCUUCGGUGCUGUCACUGGUGGUGAUAUCGACACAGGUCUAUCUCCACGCUUCAUCGAUGAUCCUUCCAACCCACCACCUCGACUCGACAGCGUCCUUCUAACAGGUACUCAAAGAAGAAUCCACGCAUUUCGAGAGCUAGUCGAACUCAUACCCCCCGCACUCACCCACCACUCCAAAAACAUCUACAACACCCAUACCGACGACAUCGACAAAGACAUUCACCCCGCAGUCCAUCCAAUCCAAUACAUCAACUCCAUAUUAAGAGACAAAAACGCCGCUGUCAUCCUCGAAAAUUCCAUCCACUCCGAUCUCCACGAUACCCUUGCAAACGUCCCCAAAGAAGCACUCUCCCACCUCCAACGAGAUCACAAAAGAUCCGGCGCCAGAAGAGACCAUACCACCUCAGUCGAACAGCUUCUCGGCACCGACUAUGCCCUGCACAACACAUUCUGGUAUCCCUACUACCACAAUAAGCCCGCUUUCAAGAUCAACAAUCCCCUCGAUACGCCUUUGGAGCACUUUGCCGCUUUCAGCCCGUUCGCCGAUGCUGUUGCGCUCAAGAAGGUCUAG